GAUCGCAGUAAACAUUGAGCAGAGCUGCUUUCCCGUAUGUUAAACCUACUUAAGACACUUUUUACGACACAUAGCAAUACUUUAACUGUAAUUUAGGCACUUCUCUCAGGUUACCUGGACGCGCAGCUGAGAUCCUCAGCGAUGGUCGAGGUGUUUUCAGGAAGAACACUCGUGAAUAAAGAGGGAGAUCUGGUGGAUCCAGAGGAAGCUCUCAGGAAUAAAGUGGUUGGCCUGUAUUUCUCCGCUGGAUGGUGUCCACCCUGCCGAGACUUCACUCCGCUGUUGUGUGAUUUCUACACGGAGCUGGUGGAGGAGACCGAGCCUCCUGCACAGUUCGAGAUCGUGUUUCUCUCCUCUGAUAAAUCCACUGAAGACAUGGUGGAGUAUUAUCAUGACAUGCACGGGGACUGGCUGGCUCUGUCCUGGACGGAUCCAUAUAAACAUGAACUCAAGAAGAGAUACAACAUCACAGCCUUACCAAAGCUGGUCAUCGUGAAGGAGAACGGUCAGGUGAUCACAGACAAAGGCCGAAAGCAGAUCAGAGACCAGGGUCUGGCGUGCUUCCGGAGCUGGCUCGAGGUGGCCGAGAUCUUCCAGAACUUUAAAGCCUAGGAAUCACACGGAGGUGUUUCCCGAAUCACACUGAAUUCCCGAGGGCUUUAUCUGAAACAUUUACCUGCAGAAAAGAGCCAGAACUUU